AUGAGCGCCAGUACUCUUGUGACUGUGGCUUCGGCCGCCUCUGGUAUUGCCAUUGUUGUUUGUGUCUUUACCGUUGGAAUGAUCUUCAAUGACAUCAACUCAUUCUACGAUGAGAAGAUUGGAGAGCUUCAAGAGUUCAAAGGAUACGAGCAAGUCGCUUGGCAAGCAAUGAUCCCAACCACUCGUCCAUCAUCUGGAUCUUCUUUUCUUCUCGGACGUAACAAGAGACAAGCUGAGUGCAACUGUGGAGCCCAAUCUCGUGGAUGCCCAGCUGGACCACCAGGACCACCAGGACAACCAGGAGCUCGUGGAGAUAAUGGACUCCCAGGACUUGCUGGACAACCAGGAUCUGGAGCCAGAAUCAACCCAUCCACUGGAAGACCAGGAUUCUGCAUCACUUGCCCAGCCGGAGCUCCAGGACCAGCUGGACCACCAGGAGCCCCAGGACCAAAGGGAAUUAACGGCCAACCAGGAGUCCCAGCUCAAUCCGGAGGUCGUGGACCACCAGGACCACGUGGACCAGCUGGUGAUGCCGGAUCCCCAGGACAAGCUGGACACCCAGGAUCCCCAGGACAACCAGGACGUGGAGGACAACGCAGCCGUGGAACUCCAGGACAAGCUGGAAGACCAGGACCACAAGGGCCAGCCGGAGCACCAGGACAACCAGGACAGUCAGGAGGAGCCGGAACUCCAGGACCACAAGGACCACCAGGACCAUCUGGACAACCCGGACAUCCAGGAAACGAUGGAACUCCAGGAGCUCCAGGAAACCCAGGAAGCCCAGGAGGAGAUGCCGCCUACUGUCCAUGCCCAGCCCGUUCUGCUGUCAUGGCUUCCCGUGUCGCCGUCAACCGUCACGUUGCUGUCAAUCGCCACGUCGCUCGCAACCGUGUCGUUGCCCGCAACCGCAUCGCCGCUCGUCGUCGUGUUGCCGUUCAACGCAGAGCUCGUGUCCAUGCUCAAGCCGCCUAA